AUGAGCGGCGUUGGUGAGCCAGAGGCCAUCCGACGGCAUUGGGACAUCGGCGUUGAAGUGGGCAUGCCUGCGACUCUCCUGACGGAGAUCAAGAGGACCAUUGCCGUUGUGGAUGCCAGCCUGUUCGGCAACGACUGGAUCGACAGCCGAAAGGCAUCUGUCAGGAACGAGCAGGGGAUGCCGCUGCCACAUUCGGGUUUCGAGACGGUCGGCCAGCUUCUUGCAGAGCAGGUGGAGAAGGCGGAUCUUGUGUUGAUGAAUAAGAUCGACUUGGCAACUGAUGAGGAAGCCAAAACCACUGAGGAGGUCCUCAAAGCCAUCAAUGGCGAGGCGGAGGUGAUUCGCUGCACAUACGGGAAGGUUAGCCCAAUCGAACUACUACCGGAGAUACCGGAAGGGAUCAAGUAUCCGGAGUUUGGGCGAGGACGGAACUAUCGGUGGGCGCAAAACCCUCAGGUUCUGCAGCUCCGCGUCAAGGUUCCAGCGAACACCAAGUCGAAAGACGUCAACUUUGACAUUGGCCGAACGUGGCUGCAGAUCUGGGUGCAGGGCGAGCAGGUUCCCCGACUUCAAGGAAAGCUCUUCGGCCGGCUGAAGGGGAUCGAGGAGUGGAUUUGGGAGUUGGACGGCGAAGGUGACGACCGUCACGUCGCUGUAUUCCUAGAGAAGAGCCAGGAGGCCAUGUGGGAGGACCUGUGGGAGAAAGAGCAGGGGAACCAGCCGGCGCAAGAGCACGAGCCGGUGGCGGCAGCUGAAGAGGCCGCAGUUCUGGAGGGAAGAAGUGCUACGCGAGCGCCAAGCCACGUGCGGAGGAACUCUCGGGCGGCUGGCAGAAGAUUUGGCAUCCGAACUUUCACCUACGAGCGGCGCAGGCCCUUCAGUGCCGCCCGCUUGCAGAGGUUGAUCGAAGACUGGCCCUUGCCGAGGAAGCGGGCUUUCGGACUUGACGAGCUGGAGGCCGGUGAUGCAGACGAAGGACUCCAGGCGCUGAAGCCGAUUCUGCGGUCCAAAGGGUUCUGCUGGGUGGACUCCGAACCCUUUCGGGUCAACGAGUGGUCACACGCAGGAAGAUCCCUGUCAGUUCUUCCGAAGGACUGGUGGUGGUCCGUCUUAAAGCCGGACCAGCUGAACUUCCAGAUCUGCUACCCCGGCGCAAAGGCACAGUUUGAGCGAGCGCGCCGGGAGAAGUGGCAGGAUCCCUGGGGGGACAGACGACAAGAACUUGUCUUCAUCGGUGGGCCUGAUAUGCGCCAGCAACAUAUCACCAAGAUCCUGGACGACUGCUUGCUGCAAGACUCCGAACUGGAGCAGUUCCGAGAAAGUACAGCAGAAACGUAUCCACCCGACACCUAUUUUGGCGUAGAGGACCGAGCCGAGACCCUGGCUCUAGUGAUGCCCGCAGCUCACAAGCCAAUGCAGAAAUUCUGCAUGUCGGUGGAAGAAGCCCGUGAGGCGAACCUUCUGCAAGCCGCCGAUGGAGAGGUCGCUGCCAUUCUACUGGAAGAGAUUCUGAUGUACGAUAUUGAAGUCGUGCAUCCGGACCUGGGCCCGGUGCACGAUUUCAGAGCCAUUUCUUUCGGUGAUGUGGAUGCAAACUUCGAAGUUUGGCGAGGAGGCAAGGAGGCACAGAUACAGGAUUGGGUUCAUAACGGCAAUGCCAUCGUGGCGAACUCUCACAGUGCCGUUGCUUCUAGUGGUCUCUACACGCUGAAGCAUACCGUGGAUCGCUUUCCUGAGACAGCCUUCUAUCAGUACUUGCAGACGCCGCGAGUUCAAUGGAUCUUUGCGAAACCGCUGGACGCAGGUGAGGUUGCUGCUGAUCCCACAGGCUUGUGUGCGCAGCCCGAGUGGAACUGCACCAAUUUCACAUGGCAGCCCCCUGCCUGCCGCGAACGUGCCAUGCGAUGUUUGGGCGUUGUCCUCCAUGACCAAGUCCAAUACACACAAGGCAUGCUGGAGCAGCAGAUUGCCAACAACGACUUGCCUUUGGCCGUGCAGUACCUCAGCACCACCUCCAAGGAGCGGGAGAUUUGGGAGGCGCAUGCCUCCAAACGCGACAUCCUCUUCCAGCACCAUUCUCCAGCAAUCGGUGUGGAUGGUGUUCCUUCUACAGACUUUGUUCCCAUCCAGUUCGCUCCGAAGAAGUAUGGAUGCAACUCCACAGAGAGCCGCUUUCCUACCGGGGGUUUCAGCUGCCGUCUCGAGGGCCAGCCGCUGCAGGUCCUCGUGUCGCCGAAACUAAAGUCCUCGCACGAUGCUUUUCACUUCGCUCGAAGGUUCACUUUGGAUGAGUCGGACUACGAGAACCUUUUCCAAGCUUGGCGAGAUGCGGACGGCGAUGCCAAGUUGGCGGCUUGCAGGUGGCUACAGCGUGAGGGUACAUCUCGAUGGGGCAGCUGGAUAAGGUUCAGCAAGCAGGUGCGAAUGGUUGAGGAGUUUCCUCCCAUGACGGGCUGCUUUCCGACGUUUUACAUCUUCUUUCUCUUGACCUUGGGAACAGCAGUCCUCUUCAAGCUGCCCAGGAUGCUGUGGGCCUGUAGAAAGCGGCUCCGUUGGACAUGUCAGUCCUUCAACAAUCCGAAUUGGGAACCCACAGACUUGUCCGACAUCGAGCGGCGGCAGAAGGAUCGCGCUCACUACACCCGGGCAGACUUCACCUCCAAGCUUGUCGCUUGCAAGCAUGUCCAAUUCGUGGAGGUCAAGAUGGCGCUUCUACGAGGCUCCAUGGGCUUCGCGAGCUUCUAUCGCGACGAAGAAGAGUUCCUCUUGGCGAAUGGAGAGAGUAGGCUUCCCCCGCCUGCAGGAUCGUGUUUCCGGCAGAUGUACACCUCACCCAUGCAGGUCUUGGUCUACAUCAUGACUUCCGGUUUGAUGCGGACUGCGUUCAGUGCCUUGACCUUUGCAUUCGCCUCGGGGAUGGUUGGGGCGCUCCUUGCAGAGGUGAGAUCGACGAUUGCCAAGAACAAGCAGGUGGACCCCACUCUUCAAGACGAAGACUGGUACACGCUCUUCUUGAUGAACAUGCAGACCGUGGCUGGAAUCAUGGACGAUUUCAAAUUCCUACCUACCUUCUUCAUCACGUAUAUGAUAGGGCAGGAUGUCACCCGCUGGCUCAAAUGGCUUCAGACCAUGUUCAGCAUCCAGGGCCGACUGCAUGAUGUUACCUUGGUGGUUGCCAGCUCGUACCGGAAACUGAAUGAUCCGCAAGUGGGCAAGCAGCAGCGACAAAUGCUGUUCAAGUGGUACAGGUAUCUCAAUGCGAUACAUUAUUUGGCCUAUUUCAAGCUCGACCCGCGCAUAGGAACAUCUCCAGAUCAGGUUGUACAGGACCUUCGGACUAUGGGAUUGCUCUUGGAUAGUGAGUGCCAGCAGAUACUUAUGGCCAGUGCGAAGCUCCGGGACACCCUCGUAUCCUGGCUUGGUAUUCUCUGGCAUGACGAGCUCGAGCGCGGAUGGGUUCAAGCAGUAGACUCGGAUGUAUUUAUGCGAAAAGUUUGUGACCUUCGUGGCAUCUUAGCAUCCCUUGCGGAUAUGCCAGAUAUGCAGACGAGCCAGCUGAUUCGGGUCAUGAUGGUGGUGGUAACGGACAUCUUGCUGGCAUUGGCUCUGGUUGGUUACCCGACAAAGAUGUACGAGGAGACCAAACAGUGCUUCCAAUUUUGGCCUUUGGUCGCCUCCUAUCUGUACUAUGUGUGCUACAGGGGCAUGCUCCAUGCCAUGUUCGUGUUGGACAAGGGGCCUUUCUAUGGCAAAGGGGACUGUGUCAACGUAGAUGCUCUGCUUGUCAGCACAGAGCGCUUUGCCUUCCAUGUGUUCCGCACAUCCUUUAAGACGCUGAAGUCCGACUUCAGUCGAUAUGCCCCAAAACCUGAUGAAGUUGGUCCUGUUAGGGCAAGCUCACCUUAA